GCGCCAUGGGUCUUCGACGCGGACACAAUAACCUACACCUCGUCGGGCAACUACUUGCGAAGAUGCGCAGUAUCGUCAAGUUGCAUCAUGUAUACGAGCUGUUCGAGCGGGUACAUGAUAGCCGCGGGCACUUCCUCAUACUGUGGGAUCAGCGGCGCAACUGGAGGAGCAUCGAGCAGUUACUGCAGUAACCACGUACUGCUUCCCACAUUAAGCGCAAAACAAGGAGGACAAAGCUGGUACUGGUGCGACACGGCGCCGCUUACAGGACAUCUUUUCUACGCGAAGGAGCCUCCACAGCCCACACUUAUCUCGGCCUCGAUCACUCGCCCAACGUCCGAUGCGCGGACGACGGCCUCGGACAACUCUCCUCCGACCGCUACAUCCACGGCCCCUCCAUUGGCCUCGACCCUUCCAUCAAAUAACGGCGGUAGCAGCACACCUGUAGGCGCGAUAGCAGGAGGUGUAGUCGGCGGUAUAGCUGUACUAGGAGCAAUAGCCUUCGCCAUCUUCUGGAUUAUGCGCCGGGACAGGAAGAGGAGAGAAGCGGCAGCGUACCAGGCCGCCCCUCUCAUUGGUCCGCACACAUCGUAUCAGCAAAGCCCAGGCUACUUACCACAGGCCGAGUAUUUUGCUACUAGCCCGUACCGGGCCAACGAGCAGAAACCGCAACCCUUCGUUCAACACGGCCAAUACCCGCAGUCGUAUCCUCUUGGACCGUACGAUCCGCACGUCUCACAACAAUAUGCUGGAAGUCCGCCGCCGCCACAUGAAUUAGGUGUGCCAACAGAAAUAACGCCGCAAGAGCUGCCAGCUCAGCAUAUAUCUCCGAAGUAGACCUCCCCAAACACAACGCGCGGUAUAAGGUGCGGAAGCGAUGUGCAAAGAACGAAGCGAUCACCCAAUUAUUUUGAUACGAGUUAUGUCGGGAAAGGAUAUCAAGCCAAACGUAGUUCUGAGUCCUUCUCACGUCAUCUCUACAAUACGACUCAUGAUUACUAGCAUUGUACAUAUCAAGCUUAUCUAGCUUGAACUUGUUGAUACUGCUUUCUGGUGUACACUUAUCAUUUCACUAUUUUUGUAUGAAAGAUAGUCUAAAGCCAUAGCAACUCACCCAGAGAGGGAGAGGGAGCUUCUAUCAUCUUGAACACUGUGUGUGAUUCCCAUAGCAAGGCCUCCAGUACGGAAAUGCGCACUUCCCGGGAUCUCUGC